AAUUGUCUUCAGCUGAUGCCUAAAGAUAAAACGCUUCUUCUUUGUUUUGUUCUUUUAGGCAAGUGUCGUGGGCUUCGUACCGCCAGGAAGCUGCGCAGUCACCGACGUGAUCAGAAGUGGCAUGACAAGCAAUACAAGAAGGCCCAUCUGGGUACCGCUUUGAAGGCCAACCCUUUUGGGGGAGCUUCCCAUGCCAAAGGAAUCGUCCUGGAAAAAGUUGGUGUGGAAGCUAAGCAGCCAAAUUCUGCCAUCAGGAAGUGUGUCCGAGUCCAACUCAUCAAGAAUGGCAAGAAAAUAACAGCCUUUGUUCCUAAUGAUGGUUGUUUGAAUUUCAUUGAGGAGAAUGAUGAAGUCCUGGUUGCUGGUUUUGGUCGGAAGGGUCAUGCUGUUGGUGACAUUCCAGGCGUUCGCUUCAAAGUUGUUAAAGUAGCCAAUGUUUCUCUAUUAGCAUUGUACAAAGGCAAGAAAGAGAGACCCAGAUCCUAAUUCUGUGAUACUGCAUAGAGUUUUAAUAAACAUUUUCAUUUUUACAA